AUGGACAACCGUGUUGAUGCUACUCUUUCUGAUAUCUCCACAGAAACUUCUGACUUUUCAGAGGGUGCAGUAACUGACCGACCAAAUCCACCCAGGUUUGGGUCUGGAGCCUCAUUUGACAGUCUCCAGAGACAUAGACGACGAAGCCCUCGAGCAAGGCGCCAGGUAAAAGAGACACUAGAUGCGCGCUCUCAAUAUACUACCAGCCAAGACGACGGCACGGCAGAGCAUCGCAUCAACCAGUAUGUGAUCAAGCAGGAAAUUGGACGUGGAUCAUUUGGAGCGGUUCAUCUAGCCGCCGACCAGUAUGGCAAUGAAUAUGCAGUGAAAGAGUUUUCGAAAUCCCGAUUAAGGAAACGUGCGCAGUCGCAUAUGUUGCGACGGCUACGAGGACCCCGAAGACCCGGUAGUGGGUUCAAUUCGCCAAUGCAUCGCCAUCCGUCUGGGGAUGACAAUGAGAGUGCAAAGAACCCACUCUACCUGAUCAAGGAAGAGAUCGCGAUCAUGAAAAAGCUGAAUCACAACAAUCUAGUUUCUCUGAUCGAGGUUUUGGAUGACCCGACUGAGGAUCCCUUAUAUAUGGCUGAUCCCUAUGACGAUGAUCACUGUCGCUGCUGGUUUCGCGAUUUGAUACUAGGAAUUGAAUACCUACAUGCACAGGGUAUUGUCCACCGUGACAUUAAGCCAGACAAUUGUCUAGUGACCAACGACAAUGUACUUAAAGUGGUCGAUUUUGGUGUCUCAGAGAUGUUCGAAAAGGACUCGGAUAUGUUCACUGCCAAAUCAGCCGGAUCUCCUGCAUUUCUACCCCCAGAGCUCUGCGUGAUAAAACAUGGUGAUGUUUCUGGCAAGGCGGCAGAUAUUUGGUCCAUGGGGGUGACUCUCUACUGUCUACGGUAUGGAAGGUUGCCAUUUCAACAGCAUAGUAUUUUUGAUCUAUACGAGAGCAUCAGGAAUGAUCCGGUGGAAUGCACAGAUGAGCAUGACGAGCAUUUCAAGGAUCUGAUAAGUCGCAUUCUGGACAAGAAUCCUGCGAAACGAAUCGAAAUGCGUCAAUUGCGAGAACAUCCGUGGGUGACGAAAAAUGGAGCUGAUCCUCUUCUAUCUGAGGAAGAAAAUACGGCUCACAGCGUUGAACCUCCAACAGAAGAAGAAAUGAAUGCAGCCAUCACGAAAAAGAUGGGUAAUCUCAUGACUGUGAUGAAAGCAGUCAAGAAAUUCAAGCGCUUGGUCGAAGUCUCAAAAUCGGGAUCAAAAAUGCAAAGUAUUCUUGGAGGGGAUGCGAACUUUGUUCAGCCCAUAUAUAUGGACUCCAACGAAUAUUUCCCAGAGGUAGGGCUCGCCCAAAGUUCUACAGGCAGCAAACCACCCAAAAUGUUGUAUGAGCCGGAACGAAAAGCAUCAGGUUCAAUACACAGUCGAUCUCCACAGCCUGCAUCCCCGGGUUUCCAAUCACGAGCCAGCUCAGUCACAACCAAGCGCAGCGUAGAGGGGACAAGGGGCCAUGCGAAAGAUCCACUUGAAGAGGACUUCCCCUACCUCUUCAUCGGACCAUCCACAUACAAUGGCGAAGAAUCCUCCGACAACACCAGCAAAGAUUCAGAGCCUAUAUUUGCAGAACCAGAAAUUACCGAGGAAGUCGACAUGGAUUCAGACGAUCCCGUUCAAUUUGUGAGCGAGUCACCCGGAGCAGCAGAAUUCGACAUCUACGAAACUGCCUACCGACGAGAACUUGAGCGAAUCAGUCAGGCUUCGGAUACAGGUCAGACUGUGUACCUUACAAGACGAGUCGAGAAGAAAGAUGAAGUCAUGAAUUUCGCUAAGAAUAAGGCGAUCGAUCUGCAAAUCGGGACGAAAAGAGUAAUAUCCGCAUCAGCAGUAAAGCCUACUUCGGGCUUGUGUGCAGCCGUCAGCAUGCUUCAGAGCCAGAUUGAGCCGAAAAAUGACUCAACAUUGGAACGGCGAAAGGAAGAGUUUCUGGCAGCUCGUCAUGAUCAUAUUCCUUCGUCUUCUAUCUCGUCACAGUUUCUUCCAAGUCCAAAAACAUCUACUCUCGAGGCAACGGGGGCUCCAGUUAUUGAUUCCCAGGACACAUCAGCUCAACUGCGGCAUAUACUUGGCCACUCAAGUGAUGGAAGUGAGCAAUGA